AUGACUGAUGGUGGUGAUGUUGAUGCUCCAGAUAAACGUGAUGUUACGGUUUCUAAGCGUCCCAUCGAUGGUUCUAAUGUCGAGAAAGAUGAUUCAUCCAAACCACUCGAGCUGAUUAAGCGGGUCCAAUUGGAUAAUCGCUAUGUCGUCCCAUACAAUCCACAUCUUCUCAUUAGAUACGGAGGUCAUGUAAAUGUGGAAUAUUGUAACAAAUUCAACUCCAUCAAGUACCUUUUCAAAUACUUGAACAAAGGCCCUGAUAAGGCAUUGAUGCAGUUGUCUGUUGACGGUGAGAAGCGUGAUAAGUCCAAGCUAGUUAAUGAAAUAAAGGAGUAUUAUGAUUGUCGUUAUGUUUCACCUUGCGAGGCUGUUUGGAGGAUAUUUGCUUUUGAUAUACACCAUAAAUGGCCUCCUGUUCUCAAACUAACGUUUCAUUUGCAUAAUGAACAAUCGGUACUAUAUGAUGAUUAUUAUGACAUCGAGGACGUGGUGAUGUAUAACGAGGAAGUGUCGACAAUGUUUCUCGCGUGGUUUGAAGCAAAUCGUCAGUAUGUAGGCGGUCGCGAUCUAACAUAUGCUGAAUUUCCAACAAGGUUUACUUAUGAGAAGAAAGAAAAACGGUGGCAGCCACAUAAAGUAGGAUAUCAAAUUGGAAGGCUUCAUUACACGCCGCCUGGUAUAGGGGAGUUGUACUACAUGAGGAUACUAUUGACCGUUCAGAAGGGUUGCAUGGGAUAUAUGUGCAUAAAAACGAUUAAUGGACAUACCUAUGACACGUGCCAGGAAACAUGCUCAGCUUUGGGAUUACUUGAUGACGACAAAGAGUUUAUAGAUGGUAUCACGGAAAAUGCUGAGUUAGGUUCGGGCGAUCAAUUGCGUUGGUUGUUUGUGCAUCUCUUAACCACUAGCACAAUGACGAGCCCUGAUGUAGUAUGUGAUGCGACAUGGCAGUUACUCUCCGAUGGUAUCUUAUUUGAACGUAGGAAGCGUCUAAAUAUUCCGGAUCUGCGUAUCGGUGACGAUGACUUGAAGAACCUGUGUUUGAUUGAAAUUGAAAUGUUGCUUCAGGAAAACGGACGGUCGCUUACUGACUUCAAAUCUAUGCCCAGGCCAAACGCAGCAGACAUGCCAACUUUCACAAACAAGAUUAUCGUUGAUGAGCUAAGUUACAACAAAGAUGAACUGAAAAAGACACACGCUGAUAUGUUACUGAUGCUGACUGAUGAACAAAGAUGUGUGCAUGACAAGAUAAUGGAGUCCGUUGGUUCUGACGACGGUGUUUUUUUUUUCUUAUAUGGUUACGGUGGUACGGGAAAAACCUUUAUACGAAAAACAUUAUCAGCUGCUGUUAGAUCGAAUGGGUUAAUUGUAUUGAAUGCUGCAUCCAGCGGUAUAUCGGCUCUUCUAUUACCAGGUGGUAGAACUGCGCACUCGACGCUGACAGUCCCUAUUGAGAUUAAUGAGGCAUCAUCGCUUAAGAUGGAAAAGGAUAGUCCUAGGGCAGACCUGAUGCGUGCUGCAAAGUUGAUAAUUUGGGAUGAGGCUCCAAUGAUGCACCGAUGGUGUUUUGAGGCAGUUGACCGAUCAUUGCGUGAUAUCAUGUCCAAGAAUGAUCCCCUAAACGCGCUUAAACCUUUUGGUGGAAUGACAGUAGUUUUAGGUGGUGAUUUUAGGCAGAUAUUGCCUAUUGUCCGAGGAGGAACGAGGCCGGAUAUUGUUGAUGCCUCAGUCAAUUCGUCAAAGAUAUGGGCUUAUUGUAAUGUGUUGAGGCUUACUGAAGAAAUUGCUAAUUUUGGCAAGUGGAUACUCUCAAUUGGAUACGGCAACGAUGCUUCGGAUGAGAAUGGUGAAAUGAAGGUAGAAAUUCCUGAAGAUUUGUUGAUAUCGGACACAACAAAUCCGUUGAUGUCACUUAUAGACUUUGUGUAUCCCGAUCUGACUGAUAACCUUGGUGACCAACUAUUUUUCCAAGAAAGGGGAAUACUCGCACUAACGCUUGAUUCAGUUGAGCAUGUUAACGAAUUUAUGAUGUCGCUGAUUCUAGGUGAAGAGAAAGAGUAUUUAAGCUCUGAUUCUGUUUGUAGAUCGGGAGAAAAUGCUGAUGUCCAAAGCGAGUGGUUCACACCGGAAUUUCUUAAUGGUAUUAAGAGCUCUGAAAUUCCAAAUCACAGGUUGAAACUAAAGGUGGGAUAUCCAGUUAUGCUGAUGAGAAACAUCGAUCAGGCCAAUGGACUGCGUAAUGGUACUAGGCUGACAAUUACACAUCUAGGGAAGAGCACGAUAGCUGCUACCGGAAUUACAGGAAAAAGGGCAGGUACUAGGGUAUUCAUUCCCAGGAUGAAUCUUAUUCCGAGUGAUCCAGGACUACCCUUCAAAUUCAGGCGCAGGAAAUUUCCAUUGACGCUUUAUUUUGCAAUGACAAUAAAUAAAAGCCAGGGUCAAUCUUUAUCUCGAGUGGGGGUUUAUCUUCCUAAGCUUGUGUUCACGCAUGGACAACUUUAUGUCGUUGUCUCUCGAGUAACUUCAAGAAAAGGUCUGAAGCUGCUUAUCCUGGAUGAAGAUAAUAAUUGCUAG